UUGGGUGAUUAUUGUUCACUAUCAUUUAUCAGUUAUCAGUUUAUCGCCUAUAUUCUAAGACCGUGGUUAUCAUACUAAAAAAGAGCGCUUGAAUAAAUAGUGGACUGUUUACAUUUUACACGAAGUUGAAGACUUGACAGUUGACACUUGUAGUCACGAACAGUUAGUAUUACUAUGCGAUAUUGCGGUAGACAGUUUUGCUUUUUAUUGUUUUUAGGCCUCAGGAUUAAUCGUUGGUAAAUUGUUGUAUUUUGUUUUUCUGUUGAACUCAUUAAAUCCAUAGUUCCAAAAAUGAAUAAAAGAAAAAUAGAAGAAGAGAUUUUCCAACAAAAUAAGUUUGAAAAGCUAAAUAAUAUAGCUGAUUCAGAAGAAGACGAUGAUGACAGUGUUGAUGAAAAUAAUUAUGAUGUAAUGCAAGAGCAAGAUAUUGAAGGCCAAGAAGAAGGAGUUGUUGGACAAGAUGGUGAGAUACGAAUCACACCUUUUAAUAUGCAAGAAGAACUUGAAGAAGGGCACUUCGAUAAAGAAGGAAUGUAUCAUUGGAAAAAAGAAAAAGACGUACAGGACAACUGGCUAGAGAAUAUUGAUUGGUGUAAAAUUAAAGAUAUGUCAAAAGAAAAAAAAAAAGCUGAUGAAAGUGUAGAUGAUAAUGUAGAAUUUAAUGUAAUUGCUGCGUAUAAAGAAAUCAUAAGCAUGAUGGAGCCAAAAGAGACCAUUUCAAAAUCAUUAAGGCGUUUAGGUGGAAACAAACGACUUACUACUGCUGAAAGGUGGAAAUUGAAAAAGGCAGGAUUGAGCACUGAUGAAGGUUCGUCUUCAAAAGUCACUAGACUUACAGAGCUUGCUAAUCAAAUUUUAACAGCUAACGGCAACAUGGAUGUUUAUCAAGAAACUUUUGAGCAGAUUUCUCAAAUUAUUUCAAAAUCAGAAAAGAAAGGACAACCAUCAACUUCUAUGUCAUCAGAUUUGGAUAUGUAUGCGGAAGAUUUUGAUUUAAAAGAAAAGGAAAAAUUAGAAAGUACAAUCCAGAGUGGUCAAGAAGAACCAGAAGAACCAGAAGAACUAUUGACAGGAGAGUCAUUACAGUGGGAAUACAAAUUUUCAUUAGAAAGUAAUGAAAUAUUUGGACCGUACAAUACUGAGCAAAUGCAGAAAUGGAAAGUAGAAGAUAAAUUUAAGGAGCCCAUUUGGGUACGUAAAUGUAAUUCAAACAGUGAUUUCCAUUCAUUUAAACGUGUUGAUUUUGAACUUUAUUUAUAAAUAUUUUUAGUGUAUGUGUUUAUUUAAUUUACAAAGUAUUAAAUAUAGUAGUAUUAUAAAGUAUAGUUUAAAUGGAUUUUAAAUCGGGAAUUAUUAUUCUGUUAGACAUAUUAUAUAGGAACAAAUGAAAAGUUUCAUUUUCCAUAUAUAUUUCUGAUAACAUUAUGAAUUCCUGAUUUAAAAUCAUCCGAUUUGUAAUACUAAUUGUUUAUUUUCAAGAAUUAAAAUAUAGAUGUAAUUUAAUAUAUUCAUAAUAUCUAUUAAGUUAUUUUAGUAUUACAUUUAUGUUGUUUAAAUAGCUUAUAAUUUGUUAGAUAUUUAUUGGGAAUCUUACAGUUAAUGAAUUAAAUAAAUACAUGCAAUAUUUUGAGUUUUUAUAUUCCUUAGCAUUCUAUAAACCAAUACUAAUGAAUUAUGAAAACAUGCCUGGUAUUUUGUUAUUGUUGUGACCCUUAAACCAAUACGUACAAUUAAACCAGGCUUGUAACCGAUUUCUAAUGGAAACCAAUCACCAUGACCAAUUUUAGGUCUCGUAACCAUUCCCAGUUUGUAAGUUUUAAUUUUGAGAAGCGAUUAACAAUUCCCGGUGACCGCCAAAUUUAAUUAAGAGGUAAUGUGUAGCGGAAAACUUUUUUUUUUAAAUCGGUCGAUUCAACUAA